AGGUCGGGGUUGAAGUUGAGAACGAAAUAGGUUGCUCGCAUUUUACACCUCAAAAGCGAUAACAACAAACAUAAAAAUAAGUUUUUUUAAAGCAGGUUUAGUUUAACACUGCAUCACUGGAAAUAUUUGGAACUCAUCGAGCGGAUUUUUAAGGAACACGUUAAUCUCGUUGAAGUCGGCAAGUGAAGUUCGCCAAAAUGCUUGGUCCGGCACCAAUAGAACCUAUGCAGGUAGACAUGCAACCAGAGCACAACGAGAACACCGAGGAAGACAAUGAACCCUUUAUCGUGGAAAAUCCAACACUGGAUCUUGAGUCAUACGCUGCUAAUUACUCCGGACUAGCCAAACUGCAUCGUCUCCUGUUCAUUGCUGAUCACUGUCCCGUUCUGAAGGUUGAAGCACUGAAGAUGGCGAUAACACACGUUAGCUUUACUUGCAACAUUUCGCUCUAUCAAACUCUGCACAGGAAGCUUGUUGAAACACUGGGAAGUGCUGGUCGGCUCCCAGACGUGGCUGGUGGAGCAGCCAGCAAGGAUUUUGCCCCUAUCGACAACCAGUGGAUUGAAGUGAGGUCAAAGAAAGCGGCUGUUUUGCUGGAAAAAUUAGACACCGAUCUGAAGAACUACAAAAGCAAUUCUAUCAAGGAAAGUAUUCGAAGAGGCCAUGAUGACCUGGGAGAUCACUAUUUGGAUUGUGGAGACCUCAGCAAUGCCCUCAAAUGCUACUCAAAAGCUCGCGACUACUGCACAAGUGGCAAACAUGUUGUAGAAAUGUGUCUCAACGUUAUCAAAGUCAGCAUCUACCUGCAAAACUGGGCUCACGUUGUCAGCUACGUCGGCAAGGCAGAGUCAACCCCAGACUUUUCAGAGCAGGGCAAAGAGAGCAACCAGACUGUUUUGACCAAGCUGCGCUGCUCUUCUGGUUUGGCAGAGCUGGCCGGCCGCAAGUACAAGUCGGCCGCCAAGCACUUCCUGCAGGCCAACUUUGACCACUGCGACUUCCCCGAGAUUCUCUCCCCAAGCAACGUGGCCGUCUAUGGAGGCCUGUGUGCGCUUGCCACCUUCGACAGGCACGAGUUGCAGAAGAACGUUAUCUUCAGCAGCUCGUUCAAACUCUUCCUCGAGCUUGAGCCGCAACUCAGAGACAUCAUUUUUAAGUUCUAUCAGUCAAAGUACGCUUCAUGCCUCAAACUCCUUGAUGAAAUGAAGGACAACUUGUUGCUGGAUAUGUACAUCGCGCCUCACGUCAACACUCUGUACAGCCAGAUCCGCAACAGAGCUCUGAUUCAGUACUUUAGCCCAUACAUGUCAGCAGACAUGAGAAAAAUGGCAGAAUCGUUCAACACUUCAGUUCCCGCUCUUGAGGAUGAACUGAUGCAGCUCAUCCUUGAUGGACAGAUCCAGGCUCGCAUAGACUCGCACAACAAAGUUCUAGUUGCUAAAGACGUAGACCAGCGAUGUACAACUUUUGAGCGUUCCUUGACCAUCGGCCGAGAGUAUCAAAGGCGCACGAGGAUGCUGAUCCUUCGUUCAGUAAUCCUGCGCCACAACAUCCACGUCAAGUGCCCACAGAGGGAUUUGACCCAAGGGAAUGAGAUGCUUUCCACCUCUGGCAAUAUGAUGCCACUCCAGAGUGCACAUCAGAGAUUUUCAGAUAAACUAUAAUUGUAUAAGGUUGCUUUGGUGGUCACACUAUUAUACUAUGGCAAAUAAAAUUGCUUCAAAUUAA